AUGCAAGCUGGCGAGGAGCUGGCCAUCAAGGCAGAACCAGAUGCAGAAGUCAACACAGCUUCCACAUCGACAAGCACGGAGGUGGAUCUCACGCCGCCAAAGAAGCGAGCUAAGUCAGCGCUGCUGGACCGCUCUCUGUCUCGCGAUACGACACUGAAAAAUCCAACAACAACAAUUGCAGAGACCACUUCGAGCAACCGUGCAAAUCAGGCUUCUAGUAGCGUCACAGAAGGAGCAGCUGAUGCCUGGGACAGGGACACUCCGGCAGUGAAAGUGGAGCAGGAGACACCAAGGCCUUCGCCUGCACCAACACCGAAAGCGCAACCAACGUCAACCGAAGAUGCAAUAACCAUCAAACCUGAUCCUGGCACACGCCUGCCCACAGUCUCACCAGCGCCAGCGACGCCAUCACGAGAACCAUCACAUCCUCCACCAGCAAAGAAGAAGAAGACCGCCUCCACAACCAGGAAAGAAUCCACCUCCGCCACUAGCUCCAGCAAGAGCAAAAAGUCCUCUUCUACCACCAGGAAAGUCACCUCCUCGUCUUCCUCACAUCCUGAAUCUUCUUCAAGCCGCACCAAGCCCAAGUUCGAAGAAACACCCCCAUUCCUCCCCCCAACCGAAGAGGAAGAAGAUGUGGACAACACCCUAUACUGCGUAUGCCAGAAAAGACAAGACGACGUCGAAGGAGGCAUGAUCAUGUGUGAUCGUUGCGAACAAUGGUACCACUACCGCUGCAUGUCUAUGAACGAAGCUGAUGUUGAGUUGGUAGACCGGUUUAUCUGUCCACCAUGUUAUCAGGUCACAGGUGAGGAGACUACGUAUAAGAAAGCAUGUACGAGAGGAGAGUGUAGACAUGCAGCGAGGACUCCAUUUAGUAAUUAUUGCUCGGAUAGAUGCGGAGUGUUGGCACUAGAGGCGAGGUUUGGGUUGAUGAAGGUGGCGAAGAGUAAAGGUGGGGUGGAGAUUUGGGAGACUGAUCGAAGGGUGAGGUUGGCGAAGAGGACGGAGGGAUUUACGGUGAGGGAGGAAGGUGUGGGUACAGAGUGGGAGAAGGAGGUGAAGGGGAUGGGGGAUGGUGAUUGGCCGGUGCAGAGGCUGGGUGUUGCUGGGGCAUUUGCGCUGAUGGUCAAGAAGGAUGAAGAGACAGGCGCGGCAAUGGUGAAUGGUGCUCCAAACGGCAUAGCGCAGCCUCAGGUCAACGGUGCCGCAACUCAACCCUCACCCUCGCCCAUACCAUCACCAGCAGCAAAGAAUGACGCAGCACCAGAACCUUCUUCACCCUCCCACCCAUCCUCAUCUUCUAAAGCAACAUCAUCAGGAAUAAACCUCAUCUCCCUCACCGAACAACACACAAUGAUCACAACCCAACUUUAUGCCGUGGACAUCGACAAAUCCCGCAUUAAUGCCCGUCUCGAUCGUCUCGACCUCCGCAGCACCCUCCUCCAUCUCGUCUCUGACCGAGUCCCCACACUCCCGCCCAUCGGAUCCACCAUUCAAGCCAACGACACUCCAGACCCAGGGGAAGAAGACGAAGAAAUGCCCGACGACCCUUCCCCUAAAAAGUCGAAGAAAAAGAAAGGCUCUAGCAAAAAGUCGAAAUCCACACCCGAAGUCGGCGGCCUGCGCUGCGGAUACGACCAACGAUUGCAUUGGGACGAUGCGGCGUUCGAUGCUUGGGCUCACAGUGAGCCUGGGCGAACUAUUCUUGCGUAUGAGAAGCCGCUAGAUGGAGUGCUCGACGAUUCACGAGAUGCAGAUGCAGGAGCGAAGCUGAUUUGUGUGACGGCCAAACGCAAAUGUAGAAGACACAUGGAUUGGUCGAAUCUAUGCGAGGUAGCCUUGGAUGCGGAAAAGGCGAGUUUGAAUGCCGAUUCGAGGGUGCUCAUCCAGACGAAGCUGGAGCUGGUUGAGCUUAAGCAGGAGAUAGAGGAAGAGAUGGAAGUGGUGAAACAGUUGAUUGAGCAGCAGAGGAGAAGGGAGAAGAGGAAGGACGAAGAGAGGGAUAGAGAUCUGGCCAAGGCCGUUGCUAGUCAGGGAACACGAAGAGGUGUUUGA